GAGUUUCGACUAGUCUUGAAUUGCACAACCAACUAAAAUUAGCUCGAUAUGUUUUUAAAGUGUCUGACUCUGCUGCUUGGAUGUGCCCUACUAUGUGAGGGACGGGUUCCUCAAGUGGACCAACGGAUCAUCGGAGGUUUUCCUCUAACCAUUGAAACCGUUCCUUGGCAAGUGUAUUUAAAAAUGAAAGUAACCAACGAUUUUGGUGAAGACAGAUACAAAUCUUGCGGUGGAGUGAUCUACAAAAAGGACAUAAUUUUAACAGCCGCUCACUGUAUUGUAAACAUUACAACCGAUGACAUAUCAGUGUACUUUGGAUCUGCGAAAAAUGCAUCUGGUGAAUUGGUAAAGGUGUCUAAGGCGAUUAGCCACGAAGAUUAUAAUGGAGUUCACUACAGUUACGCCUAUGAUAUAGCUGUGCUCGUCUUGAGUUCCCCCAUUCCUCUAGGAGUUAAUGCUUCUACCAUCGAGAUAGCUGAUGAAACACCUGAAGCAGGAACAGCGGCACUUACCACUGGCUGGGGAGAUAAGGAUGCGAAUGAUACUGAUUCUUCCUCAAAUACCUUGCUGGGGACAUUUGUUACAAUCCAAGAUCUGCACAGUUGCAGAGUACUAUAUUACAUUGCGGAUUAUUUUAUUACCGAUAGCAUGAUAUGUGUUAACAACUUCGGAAGAGGAGUGUGCAACGGUGACUCUGGAGGUCCUUUGGUGAACUCUAAUGGCGAGCUUAUUGGCCUUGCUUCCUGGAAUCUUGAUUGUGAUAAAGAAUAUGUUCCUGAUAUGUAUACUAAUGUUGUAGCGUUCAAGGACUGGAUCCAGAGUGCAGCUAAUAUUAUAGUUUAAUGCAUUAUAAUUAAAUAAAAAUGUUCCAAAUGCAAAA